AUGCUGCGCGUAACCCUCGGCCAGUACGCGAGCAAGGUAACGGCCGGUAAUGCCAAGAAUCAGGCCGGAUCGCCGCGGCAGAAGGCCAAAAUCUUUCACGUCGUCCCUGGCACCCCUGUCACGCCGGUGGAGAAGCUGAAGGAGCAGCGCCGCCGCUUUGGCCAGGACCGGUACUCGCGGCAACCCGAGUACCGGCCAGGGCGCAACGUCCGCAUGGACCCCAACACCUUCACCCUAUAUGCGACGACGAAGGGUGUCAUGACGAUCCGCACCUCGCGCAUCAACCCUUCGUACAAGUGGCUCGACGUGGAGCCGGACAUUCAGAAGAUGUACCGCAGUCGAUGCAUGCGUGCCGCCCUCCAGGCCCGUGGAAAGGCCUCCAUGAUGGUGGAGAGCAACGUGUACUACCGUGCUGAACUAGAUCACGUGACGGAGCCGCACUGGCGCGAGCGAGUGAUGAGGGUGCCGAAGGCAACAGAGCGCUUCCAGGACCCCAACUGCUUUACUCGUGGACUGGUGCCCUCCCUGCGCCCGCUUAGCCGCUACUCGUACGAGUGA